AUGAAAAACCACAGAAAAUUCCCUGAUACUUGUUAUGUAGCCAUUCCAGCUGAGGUUCUUCAAGCUACUUUGCCAUCAAAAAGUCGUGCACUUCCAAGUACGAAGUACCUGAAAAUCGUUCUUGUCCUAGCAAUUCUUGUAAUAUUCUUAGCUUUUUCUUCCUUGUCCUUCAGUUGUGAAAAAGAGGCACUAGAAAUUGCCAAUAAUGCCAUUACUAUUCCAGUACUUAGCUAUGACCCCAACAUUAUUGGUGGCUAUAAUACUGUUUCUAUUCAUAGAAAUGAGAUGAAGGUCGUCCAUGAAAGCUUGCUUAAAUUUCAGUCCCAUAUCACUAAUCUUUACAAGAUCAUAUCAUGGUGGUUUUCUUCAGCAAAAAGAAUUCCUUCAACAAAGACUAGCACAUUAAAUGUCCAUGAUUUCGGAGCUAAAGGUGAUGGAAUAACAGAUGAUAGUGAGGCAUUCAAGGAAGCUUGGAAUAGAGCUUGUUCCUCCGAAGGUCAACGUGUAGUUCUCUUGAUUCCUAGGAGCAAUUAUAUGCUAAAGCCAAUGAAAUUUUCAGGCCCUUGCAAAUCUGAUCAUCUCAUAAUGAAGAUGAAAGGGACAAUCAAAGCUUCUCAAAACCGAACAGAUUACAAAAAUAAAGCAUAUUGGAUUGUGUUUCAAAAGCUUCAAAACUUUAGAGUAGAAGGUGGUGGCCUUUUUGACGGCAAUGGAAGGAUAUGGUGGCAAGACUCUUGUAAACUUAACAAAUCUCUUCCUUGCACAGGCGCACCAAAUGCUGUGAAUUUCAUUAGAUGCAACAAUCUGAAAGUAGAUAAUCUGAGGUUCAGGAAUGCACAAAAAAUGCAUCUGGUAUUUGAAAAGUGUGUGAAUGUUAAAGUUUUGAAUCUCAAGAUAAGUGCACCAGAAGAUAGCCCCAACACCGAUGGAAUUCAUGUCACAAGAACACAAAACCUCAAGAUAGCCAACUGUGUCAUCAAGACAGGUGAUGACUGCAUUUCCAUUGUAGGUGCGUCAAAAAAUAUUGGAGCUACCGAUAUAACAUGUGGACCAGGUCAUGGAAUUAGCAUUGGAAGCUUGGGAGCCAGAAAUUCAGUUGAUUAUGUCUCCUAUGUGGUUGUGAAUAAAGCAACAUUUUCAGGAACCACCAAUGGAGUAAGAAUCAAGACUUGGCAGGGAGGGUCCGGAUAUGCAAAAAACAUUAGGUUUCAAAACAUUACAAUGCAGAAUGUGAGAAAUCCAAUAAUCAUAGAUCAACAUUAUUGUGAUCAAAGAGAACCAUGCUUAGAACAGGACUCAGCUGUGCAGAUUAGCAAUGUAGUGUACAGUAGCAUCAAAGGAACUAGUACUUCAGAAGUGGCAUUGAGAUUUGACUGCAGCAACAGCUUUCCAUGUCAAGGUAUUUUCUUGCAAGAUGUGGAUUUACAACCUCAUGAAAGAGUUCAUGAUCCCCAUAAAAGAGUUGUUGCUUCAUGUAACAAUGUUAUGUUGACGAAAACCAUAAGGAUAUCACCAAAUUGUUCUUGA